GAUACUCCGCACUCCUAGUAGUCCUAGUCCUACACUCCACAUUCACAGGGUUCUCAUACGUACACAUAGACACACACUUCUUCUUUUUUUCUCUUUAUCUGUGCUGUAAUGCAACAGCUGCUGCUUAACAGCUAUGGUGGAUACAAAAGAUUUUCUCAAUCUUGAACCUUCUCUCUCUAACCCAUUUGGGAAAUUUUCUGACAUUGAUGAUUUUUGUGCUCAAAAUGUUGUCCACAUUGACAAGAAGCUACUCAUCGAUCUACACCAGCUUUCUAUUGGUCCUUUGCUCAGUGAAGGUCCCUAUUCACUCGUUUAUGAAGGAUUAUAUAAAUCCAUGCCUGUUGCAAUAAAAGUAAUACAGCCAGACAGAUCCGCAAAUGUGAGUCCCGAGCGGAAAGAAAAAUUUCAGAGGGAGGUCCUUUUGCUAUCUAAAGUGAAGCAUGACAACAUUGUGAAGUUUAUUGGUGCAUCCAUGGAACCAGCAUUGAUGUUAGUUACAGAGCUAAUGAGCGGUGGAACCCUUCAGAAGUACUUAUGGAGCAUCCGACCACAUUCUCCAGAUCUGAAACUUUCUCUAAGUUUUGCGUUGGGAAUCUCUCGAGCAAUGGAGUAUUUGCAUGCAAUUGGCAUUAUUCACCGCGAUUUGAAGCCAAGUAACUUGCUCCUCACAGAAGACAAGACAAAAGUUAAACUAGCUGACUUUGGGUUAGCUAGGGAGGAGGCGGACUCUGAAAUGACAACAGAAGCUGGUACAUACCGCUGGAUGGCUCCGGAGAUGUUCAGCAUUGACCCGAUCAAGAUUGGAGUGAAGAAACACUACAAUCAUAAAGUGGAUGUCUACAGUUUCUCAAUGGUUCUGUGGGAGCUUCUCACCAACAGCACUCCGUUUAAGGGAAGAAGCAACAUUAUGGUGGCAUAUGCUACAGCUACGAAAUUGCGUCCUAGCAUGGAUAACAUUCCGAGGGAGAUAGAACCCCUUCUUAGCUCUUGCUGGGCAGAGGAUCCAGCAGACCGACCAGAAUUUGAGCAAAUAUCAGAUUUCAUCGCAAACAUUCUUCGUGAUAUGUGCACCUCAGAGACAACUUCUCUGAAUUUGUUUGAGAUGGAGAAUCCGACAAGUAAAGAGUUGGCCAAUUCUCCUGGCACAAAUUAUUUGAUGGACAGGGAUGCAGAAACUAGCAAGAAAAAAACAAGGAGUUCAUGUUGUUGCUUCAUGACUGCCUAUGAUGACUCUCUCUGAUAGGUAGAGUGACUUUUUCUUAGGAUAUAUGAUUAGGUGUAAAUAAUUGAUUGACUUCCCGUCUUUUUUCGCCAAUUUUAUGAUAUAUAGAACAGACUUCAAAACCUCACAUUGUUCUCCAAAUACACCAUCAUUGUAGACAUUGUACAGAAAGCAAAUAGAAUGUUUAGAAUAGAACAGAAAUAUGAAAGGAGCAUGACUCAGGUCAA